ACCUGUCCUGGAACGUGGUGACCAGUGUGGCGGAUGUGCUGCGAUUGCUGGACUUUGGCCACAAGAUGCGCGCGGUGGCGCGGACCAACAUGAACGCGGCCUCGUCGCGGUCCCAUGGCAUGGCCACCUUCCAGAUCGAGCAGCUGAUCCCGGGCCGGGAUGACAUGAGGAGAAGGCGUGCGCAGCUGCAGACCGUGGACCUGGCUGGGGCUGCGCGCAUGGAUCAGAUUGGGGACAGCGAGGCAAGACAGCGGGAGAGCCGCCUCAUCAAUACAAGUUUGCUCACCCUGGGGCUCGUCAUCAAGCGGCUUUCCGCGCAGGAUCACUCAAGCCCGCGCUCGAGAGGUCAUAUCCCCUGCAGGGACAACAAGCUGACCCAUCUGCUCUCUGACUCCUUACUCGGGAACUGCAGGACGGUGGUGGUGACCUGCGUAUCUCCCGCAUCCUCAGCUGUGGCUUCGACCGAAUCUGCGCUCCGCUUUGCUGCCAACUGCCGAAAAGUUUUCACCCAUCCUACGCGCAACGAGGAGCCGAAGAACGAGAUGGCCAUGGCAUUGCGCCGGGAGCUGGACCAGCUAAAUCGCGAGCUGAACUCCUCGCAAAGCGCGGAAGUGAGGCGAGAGCUCUCGGACCGCGUGACCACGGCGCAGCUGCUGGCGGAGUUGUACGGGUCCAGCUGGGAGGAACAAGAGGCUCGGUCCAGAGAACUGGAGUUCGAGCGGCGCCAGCUCCUCACCAGUUUGGGCCUGGCGCCAGGAGCUGGUGCGAAAGGAAAGCCGGUCUCCGCUCGAGGCGUGCAAACCUCGCGCGGCCGGUUUUCUGGAGGGAGCGCCAGCAUGUCCCGGGAAAGCCUGUCUCGCUCGCACGAGGAGGAGCCGUGCAUCGUGAACAUCUGCGAUGACCCCUUGCUUUCAGGCUGCCUGCGCUACUCCCUGCCCGGCAAUCAUCCGGUCUACAUUGGCAGCUCCGCGUCUUGCCAAAUACACGUGGAGGGUUUGGGCAUCACGCCGGAGAUGUGCAGCCUGGUGUGGCGACCGGGAAGGGAGGUGGAACUCCAGGUGAGCGACAACGCCGCCGGAUCUUGGGAGAGGCCAACGAGGCAAGGGGCGCUCUUCAAGCAGGGGGCUGGCAAGGUCUUGGUCAACGGGCGUCAAAUCCAAGAAUUCGGAGUCCUACAGCAUGGAGAUGUUCUACAGGUUGGCCACGGACACAUGUUCCAGCUGCUGGGGCCGCCCAACGUGAGGAUGAGCUCCAAGCCAGAGCGCCCUGCCGUGAAUCUGCCCACGGGAUUUGUGGAGGACUUGGAGGCGGAGUUCGGAGACACUGCGGCUGCAGUGGUGGCGGCAGUGCAGGAGCUGCAGCCGUUGCUGGAGGAGGCUACGGACAUCACCCGGGAGCUGCGGGGAGAGCAGAUGGUCUUCCAUGCGGAGGUGCUUCAUCGUGGGCUCACGGACGGCGCCUCCGACAGGUGCGGGGGCAGGCCGGAUGAGCCUGAGAUCGUCGUCGCCCUCCGCGAGGGCCCAGGCGCAGAGCUGGACCAUUCGGAGGCGACGCUGCAAGGCCUUGCGGCGCCCCUGGUGACGGUCUGGUCAGUCGACAAGUUCAAGGACAAGCUCGAGGCCCUCCGAGAUUUGUACCACGAGAUCAGCGAGCGCGGCACGCCCUGGACCGAAGCCGAUGCCAACCCUUGGGAGGACACGCCUGCGAGCCCGAACAGGAUGGACAAGGGCACCGAGUCAGAUGCAUUGCAGGACGCUGAGAGCCCCUCUCGGGCGCUAAGCCUGCGGCGACUCGAGGAGCACUUUGAAGCGCCCUUGCCGGGCGAGUCCACCUUGGCGGCGCUGCCGCAGGAUAUGGCCCAGGAGCCGGUGGUGCAACUGCCCCUUGCCGACGUCUGCCAGGAUCAGGGCACCAUGACUCCGUCUUUCUCGCCCCAAAGCACGGCCCGCAAUGCGCCAACGGAGCCAGUGGGCUCUCCCCGCGGAAAAGCAACUCUCACGGAGCCGGUGGGCUCGCCAAGUGGCAAUGCCACUCUCACGGAGCCGGUGGGCUCGCCGCAAAGAAGCGCUGCUGUCACGGAGCCCGUGAUCUCGCCAAGGACAAACAUGGCCCGCCUUCCACCCGCCGAGCCAGGCACGCAACCCAGCGGAAUGUUCAGACCACAGCUCAUGACUCUGCCUACCAGAACCGUCCUGCCGAUGGGCGCGGCAUUGCCGAUGGGUGCAUUGCCCAGCGGAUUCGUGACACGACACUCGGAGCCCAUCGGCCCCGUCACCCCGCCGGGAGCAGCUUGCGCUCGGCCACUCACGCCGCCCCGCGGGACCGCGGCACGGGCCGCGCUGGCCAUGCCCGGGGCGCCCGCGCCCGCGACGGAGCCGGUGGGCACGGGGAAGAUGCAAUCCGCCGACUUGGAGGCCACGCUGAAGGGCCCCGCCGCCGCCGCCGCCGCGGCCUUCUUGAAGUCGGGCCAGGAGGAUGACACGAGGCCGCGCACACCCCCACGGAACGUGCGUCCCUGGAACUGCAUGCCUCAUGGCGACGACCCGCUAGCCACGGAGGAGCCAACGCCAAAGCCCCACGCUGGUGCAUCCACUGCAAAGCCACAGCUUCACCGGGCCAUGCGGGGCAUGCCGGACGUGGCCGGCAGGCGCAGCCCGCAGCGAUGGGCCAUGAAGCAAGAGAACCUCCCGCACGUGCUGAAGGAUCUGGCACUGCAACUCUCAGAGACCCGGCGCGGCAUUCAGGAUUCUCGCGAGAAGGUGCCGGGCAAGGAGGCGCGCCCCGCCUCGACGGACUCCAAGGACAGAGGCCUCUCGAUCGCCAAGCGACAGGGCCCUGCCCAGGAUGCCAAGCCGAAAAUGAGCCUGGCGGUACCCAAGGCUGAGAGCCACAAGGAGGCUCCGAAGCAGUGGACCCCGCGGAAGCGGGCGGAGGGGCGGCCCGACCGUGGACGACCCUCCUCAGCUGACCGAAAGCGCACGCCCACGAAGGCCGAGCGCCGGAGCCGGAGUGAGACGGACCGCAACGAGGACAAUCCAGUUGCCGACCUCUUCGAGAUUCCGGAGCAGUUGCGCGAGGCCAAGCGCCGCACCUCGGAGCUGGAGAUGCAGCUCGCGGAGCUGCGGCAGCGCCUUCAGCAGCAGGAGAACCGGACUCUUGCGUCCGCACCGGCACCAACGCCAGCUCCGUUUGUCACGGCCGCCGGCCUGGUGACGCCCCCAGCCUGGACGGCACGACCGGCGCCUUUGGCCCCCCGCGAGGUGCACUUGGCGUCCCACGUGGCGCCGGCGUUCGCAACGCAGCCAGAGCUGAAGCCGAAGGCUUACUCGAUGCAGACACCGCCGGUGGAGUUCUUGUCUCGCGAUCACAGGGCCUCCUCGCCUCCGAUGGGCGCCCGCAGUUGCAGCCCCCAGUUUCGCCAGCUGUCCCCGUGCCCGGUGCACCGCUGGGUGGCACCCCCCUUGCCCGCUGCCGCCCACGCUGGCGGCCAGGUGUACGCAGCACCCGUCUCGUAUCGCCUGGCCUCCCCGUCGCCCAUGACGCGCACCUAUGUUGCCAGCCCUCCACGCGCGGGAGUGAGCCCCAUGCGAUACGCCGCGCCCUUUGCGGCGCCGGCCGCAGGGCUCCCAGCCAGCACCUCCUUUUGGGUGCACGCGCCGAUCGCACCGCCGCCGGCGCAACUGCCAUGGCUGCGGGACUUUCGCGCCGGCCAGUCGCCGAGCUCGGCCAAAGAGCCGCCGGAUUCGGCGCCAGGGGCUCUCACGGAGCCUGUACAGGCACUGACACGUUGAUCCAGAAUUCUUGGAUCCCAUUGCUUCGCUACUAGGUACGAAGCCAAGUGCGACA